CUAACGCUGACGUCGCCUUCUGCAGCAAAAUGGCGUCGUUGACAGCAGUCAUGCACAAGAACCGGUCCGGUUCUUCAUUAUCCUCCAAAAAACAGAGCGGAAUGACGACCCACAGGAGGUUCAGACUGUUGGACAACAAUGUCUUUUUAUUCCUGUCGUUAGCCUCCAUGUUGCAUUGUGCUCUGGCUGACGGUAAAACAUUGGUACUACUGGAUAACCUCAACAUCAGAGACACCCAUUCAAUCUUCUUCCGCAGUCUGGCAGAUCGUGGCUUUGACCUCACAUUCAAGACAGCUGAUGAUUCCUCCCUAUCUCUGAUCAAAUAUGGCCAGUUCCUUUAUGACCAUUUAAUCAUCUUCUCGCCAUCAGUUGAGGACUUUGGAGGAAAUAUAAAUGUGGAGACUAUCACAUCCUUUAUUGAUGGUGGAGGCAAUGUCCUGGUGGCUGCCAGUUCAGAUAUUGGUGACCCUCUGAGGGAGCUGGGCAGUGAGUGUGGCAUCGAGUUUGACGAAGAAAAGACUGCUGUCAUUGACCAUCACAACUACGAUGUAUCUGACCCUGGAGAGCACACCAUGAUUGUUGCUGAUCCAGAGAACCUGAUGAAAGCUUCAACUAUUGUUGGUAAACCCAGCAAUAAGCCAAUUUUGUUCAAGGGUGUUGGCAUGGUGGCAGACCCAGAGAACCCUCUUGUCCUGGACAUCCUUACCGGCUCAUCCACCUCCUACUCCUUCUUCCCUGACAGACCCAUCUCACAGUACCCCCAUGCUGUUGGCAAGAACACCCUGCUGAUCGCCGGCCUUCAGGCCAGAAACAACGCAAGGGUGGUUUUCAGCGGCUCCCUGGAUUUCUUCAGUGAUGCCUUCUUCAACUCUGCUGUGCAGAAGGCCACACCUGGCUCCCAGAGGCAUGAGCAGACAGGAAACAUGGAGCUGGCCGAGGCUCUGUCUCGCUGGGUUUUCAAGGAGGCUGGAGUCCUCAGGGUGGGAGCUGUUACCCAUCACCCCGUUGGAGAGACCACUCCCCCUGCAGCAUACACAAUCACCGACCUUGUGGAGUACAGCAUUGUCAUCGAGAUGUUGUCUGAGGGCCGCUGGGUUCCCUUCGAUGGAGAUGAUAUUCAGCUUGAGUUUGUGAGGAUCGACCCCUUCGUCAGGACUUACCUCAAGAAAAAUGGAGGUAAAUACAGUGUUCAGUUCAAGCUGCCUGAUGUGUACGGAGUCUUCCAGUUCAAGGUGGACUACAACCGACUGGGAUACACGCACCUCUACUCCUCCACUCAGGUAUCGGUCCGUCCACUGCAGCACACUCAGUACGAGCGCUUCAUCCCAUCAGCCUACCCAUACUAUGCCAGCGUCUUCUCCAUGAUGGCAGGACUCUUUGUCUUCAGCAUAGUCUUCCUACACAUGAAAGAGAAGGAGAAGUCAGACUAAGGCAGAGAGACAAUGGGGAAGAAAUAACAAGAUUAUAGAAUUAAACUUGUGGUGUGAAGAGUUGAAACUGAAUGUCUUGAUGGCUUGAAUCUUCACGCAGGGACUUGGACUGCAGUCUUCUGUAAAAAAUACAGUUUCUGUUUGGUUUUUGGGUUACCCAAGAAAUGAGGGGCUUGAGGCCAAAAGGUGUGAGUGUAAAGCAGCGGUUGGGGAUGUUCUUGUGUUUUGUUUUGGGUUUUUUUUGUACUUUGAAACCAUUCAAAGGCCUGUAAAUGUCCUGAAGUCAGUCAGCGUUUGUAUAAACUAAGUUGCUUUACAUUUGACAAAAUGAUCUCUUAAGUAGAGCACUUGCCUUGGAAUAUGAAUUAAGUCCAUAUUAAGAUUUGACCCACAUUUUCUCAGUCAGGAAGGUUUAUUGUGGUAACAACAUGCACUGAAUAUGCCAACUGUAAAUUUGUUUUUGAUAAGACUUUGGUGUGUUUCCAAAAAAGUUGGAGUCAUCUUAACAAUAAAAUACUGACAUUCCA